UUAACACAACUCAACUCCAAUUCAAACACUCUCUCUCGUUCUUAUAUAUUACCUUCGAGUCCCUCCUUGCUGCCGUAUCCCCUUCUCUUCUUCUUCUUCUUCUUCGUCUCAGAGACACAGAGCCCUAGCGUCUCCAACUUUUCCUCCGCUUCUACUCACAGUGGCACAGAGUGAGCAUUGCCAUCUCGUUGAGCUUCGUCGCUUCUCUUGAUCUUGCUCGAAUUCCCGAAUUGGAUGAAGAAGAUUCUGGUGAAGAUUUGAACUGAUGUUUAUCACAGCUUCAUUUCCAAGCAUUCUUAGCUUCUUAAAGAAUCUUAUGACAUAUUAUGAACCUUGUGCUUUUGAGGAAUGAUUUUAAGUAACAUUGGAUUGUUGGUGUUGACAAGAUACUUUUCAUUUUGUUAUUGUUAUUCAAAAGCUGUGCAUCCAAUCCAACCCAAACAGCUGGAAAUUUGAUCGUUAUCUGUAGAAAAUUUAUCCAAUCUUAACCAAACCGUAAGGAAUAUUAGUGUUUGGAUCCUUAGGUUUUGGCUCAAACUGAUCCAAACUUCACUGUGAACACCUCUACUUCAAUCCAUCCCGAAUCUUUCUCUGUACUAACAACCCCAGAUGGCUCUUCACAAAUUUGCAUCUUUCUCCUCUCUUCAUUAUUCCGCUUUCACCACAACCCACUACCACCGAGUUUUUUCCAUCAACUGCUGCACCACUUCUUCUACUUCUUCUUCUUCUUCAUCUUCUUCUCCUUCUUCUUCUUCACCCUUCACAGAGAAGCACUCCAUAGAGAGGUUCCAAAGAGACCAAUGGCUCUACACCAACACCGCCACCAACAAUAAGCCUAUAGUGUCUUCCAAUUUGGGCUCCAUAAGGGAAGAUGACAUAGCUCUCCAGCUUCCAGAACUAAAGAAGUUGCUUCAGGUGCUGAGGGAGAAGAGGGAGAGUGAAGGGAAGUGUAGCAGUGAAGGAAAAUGUGUACUGGGGAAUGUAUUCUUGGUUGGAACUGGUCCGGGGGACCCUGAGUUGUUGACAUUGAAGGCUGUGAGAGUUAUCAAAGGUGCUGAUUUGUUGCUGUAUGAUAGGUUGGUCUCUAAUGAUGUCUUAGAUUUGGUUGCUCCUCAUGCUAGGCUUCUCUAUGUGGGAAAAACUGCUGGCUACCAUAGCAGAACUCAGCAUGAGCUUCUUCUGAGUUUUGCAGAAGCCGGGGCCACUGUUGUGAGACUUAAAGGGGGUGAUCCAUUGGUGUUUGGGAGGGGUGGAGAGGAAAUGGAUUUUUUGCAGCAACAAGGUAUCCAAGUGAAAGUUAUUCCAGGCAUAACUGCAGCAUCUGGAAUAGCAGCAGAGCUGGGGAUUCCGUUAACUCAUCGUGGUAUUGCAAAUAGCGUGAGGUUCCUCACGGGGCAUUCAAGGAAAGGUGGAACUGAUCCUCUAUUUGUAGCAGAAAAUGCAGCCGAUCCUGAUUCUACAUUGGUGGUUUAUAUGGGCUUGUCAACCCUCCCUUCACUUGCACAGAAAUUAAUGUGUCAUGGUUUGUCCCCCGAGACUCCAGCUGCAGCCAUUGAGCGAGGGACAACACCUCAACAGCGCACAGUGUUCGCAAAACUGAAGGAACUUUCCGAGAAUAUUACAUCCGCUGGUUUGGUGUCACCGACACUGAUUAUAAUAGGAAAAGUGGUGGAGCUAUCUCCGUUUUGGCCAAUGUCUACAAAAGAAGAAUCAUGUUUAAUGCAGGCAUGAUGGAUGGUGUUGGGAAUGAUGCUGAAAAAGCUCGGCGAGAUGCAGCAUUGCUUUCGCAAGGAUCGGCUUGAUGAUCAGCCAUGAAGUAAGCAAAGCGAUAUUUUUGGCGAUGCAGAUGCUCUUGCCUGAUUUAGUUGGGAAGAACUGUUUCAGAACAAGUUUGGGUUAUACAUAUUUCAGAAUCUGGACAGGGAUUGAAACAACGAAAAAUGCACGCAUUUCACCCAAUUUUUGUGGAGAAUAAGAAUGCAGGUUUUCUGCAGUGUCAUUUAUUUCUAUCAAGAUUUUUUUUAAUGUUUGCUAGGUAAAAUUUUGUAUGAUAAGCUAUUAAGCUUCAUUCUUUGAAGGAGGAACAUGGAGAAUCAUGUAAACAUAAAACUGUAAUUUGAUUGUUCAAUUUUGUUAUUGCCAAUCAGAACAUUUUUUGUUGUAAAUUUUAACUUACUAGUUAGCCAUAUUUGCCUUCAUUAUGUAACUUGAAGCUUCUAUGAGAUCAUUGAUUUGGUUUUGUUA